AUGGCAGGUCCCGACUCAGAAUCCGGUCCCGAGUCCGGUCCCGACUCCGAGUCCGGUCCCGACUCCGAGUCCGGUCCCGACUCCGAGUCCGGUCCCGACUCCGAGUCCGGUCCCGACUCGAAGUCCAGUUCACACUCCGAGGCCGAUCCAAACUCGAAGUCCGUUCCAACUCCGAGGCCGAUCCCGACUCAGAUGAACUCGGAGGCCGUCCCGGGUCGGAGACAGCUCCCAACUCAGAAUACGAUUCCGAUUCGGAAGCCGUCUCCGACCCGGUGGGACUCAGAGGCCGGUCCCCACUCGGGUACAGGUACCAACUCUGAAUACGGUCCCGACUCAGAGCACGGUCCCGUCUCAGACGUUGGUCCCGACUCAGAGGCCAAUCCCAACUCGGUCCUGGGAGAGAGUCCAGGCCCGAGUCAGAGUCCAGUCCCGAGUCGGGGUCCUGUCCCGAGUCAGGAGCCGGUCCCGAGUCAGGGGCCGGUCCCGACUCAGAGUCCGAGUCCAGUCCCGACUCAGAAGCCGGUCCCAAGUCAGGGGCCGGUCCCGACUCAGAGUCCGGUCCCAAGUCAGGAGCCGCUCCCGACUCAGAGUCCGGUCCCGACUCAGGAGCCGGUCCCAAGUCAGGGGCCGGUCCCGACUCAGAGUCCGGUCCCAAGUCAGGAGCCGCUCCCGACUCAGAGUCCGGUCCCGAGUCAGGAGCCGCUCCCGACUCAAGUCCAGUUCCGAGUCAGGAGCCGGUCCCGACUUAGGGUCCAGUUUCCGUGUCAGGAGCCGGUGCCGUGUCAGGAGCCGGUCCCGACUCGAGUCCAGUUCCGAGUCAGGAGCCGGUGCCGUGUCAGGAGCCGCUCCCGACUCAGAGUCCGGUCCCGACUCAGGAGCCGGUCCCAAGUCAGGGGCCGGUCCCGACUCAGAGUCCGGUCCAAGUCAGGAGCCGCUCCCGACUCAGAGUCCGGUCCCGAGUCAGGAGCCGCUCCCGACUCAGAGUCCAGUUCCGAGUCAGGAGCCGGUCCCGACUCAGGGUCCAGUUCCGUGUCAGGAGCCGGUGCCGUGUCAGGAGCCGGUCCCGACUCAGAGUCCGGUCCCAAGUCAGGAGCCGGUGCCGUGUCAGGAGCCGGAUCCGACUCAGAGGCCAGUUGA